AACGAUUUUUGAGUAUAAAAAUACAGCGAAAAAACAAAAAAAAAUUUCGUUUAAAUUUCAACAAUAAAUUCAGCACAUAAAUCAACAAUCGAUAUUGGAUGAAAAAAAAUGGUUCAACAAAAGAAAAAAUUGAAAAUAUUUUUCCUGUCAUUGGAUGCAGUUGGCCAUAUUAAUGCCUGCGUAGGAUUGGCACAAGCACUGGCCAAACGUGGACAUUCAAUCUAUUUCCUUACAAAUCCAUCGUUCGCUGGAACGUUCGAGAAAUCUGGUUUUAAUGAAAUCAUAUUGAUUGGAGAUGAAAAUCAUCAGACAAUUAUCGCUGCCAAAAUGAAAGCUAAACAAGAAGCGACACAUCCCCUUGAAGCUAUUGCGGCCAGGUUAGAACGAAUAAGAAAAACUAAUUGGCUCAGUGAAAAAUCAUCGUAUGAAAAGAUUCUCGAAUUCAAUCCAAAUGAACCACAUGAUUUUCUGCUGGAAAGAUAUGAGGAAUUAAGAGCUGUUCAUCCGCAAAUUGAAGCUGCAAUAAAACAGGAGCUCCCAGAUUUAAUCAUAAUCGAUCGAUUUUUCAUCCCACCAUGUAUUGCUUAUGGCACGAUACCUUGGGCUUCAUUGUUCAGCGGUAAUCCAUUACAUCUGUAUGAUUCACCUGAUGUUCCACCACGUUCGUCAGGUUAUCCAUCAAAUGAUCGUACUGGUUGGGAAGAAUUUCGCAAAAAACAUCGAGAAGGAUUUCCAACUGAAAUAAGAUAUCAUCAAAAUAACCUUAACCGAGAAUUCGGAUAUCCUGAAACAAGUGAAGACGAAAUUCUUCGUAUAUCACCAUAUAUGAAUAUCUAUGGUUAUCCAGAAGAAUUGGACUAUAGAGAUAUUGCUCAAUUACCAGAUAAUUACAUUCGAAUGGAUACAUUUUGUCUCGAAACAUCUGAACCAUUCGAAUUGCCGAAAGAAUUCCGAUCAAAACUUUUGCCAGAUGAUAAAUUAGUUUAUGUUUCGCUUGGAUCAAUGGCCUCAAUUGAUGUCGAUUUAAUGAAACGUAUAGUGGCCGAAUUAUCGAAUUCACCACAUAAAUUUAUUGUAUCAAUGGGAGUAGCUCAUUCACAAUAUCAAUUAUCCGAUAAUAUGUGGGGCAAACCUUAUUUAGUACAGACAAAGAUUUUGCCAUUAGUCGAUUUGGUCAUAACGCAUGGAGGAAAUAAUACAGUAACGGAAGCGUUUUAUCAUGGCAAGCCAAUGCUUGUCAUGCCGUUAUUUGCCGAUCAGUAUGAUAAUGCUCAACGUAUCCUAGAAAAAGGUUAUGGUAAUCGUUUCAAUGGAUAUUUAUUCAAACAAGGAGAAUUAUGUGCAAUGAUUGAUCAAAUUCUAAACGAUCAGCAAAUGAUUCAAAGGUGUAAAAAGGCGGGGGAACGUAUGCGUUCAGCUAAUUCUAAGCAAAAAGCUUGUGAAAAAAUUGAAGAAAUUGUUGAAAGAUUGUCAUUUAAAAAUUAAAAAGUCUUAUUCCUGAUCUUAAUUUUUCUCUAAAUUCAAUACUUACAAA